UGAUGGUUAACUGGGUUCGCACCUAUUUAGAAUGUCUCUUCUGGGGUGUUAGGUUAGAUUAUUACAUAGGCCCUAAUGAUAUUUGGGAAUGUUCUGAUGCCAUAUGAGAGGAGGGACUUGUUGAAUCUGGAAAUAGCCUUUUUUUUUUUUUUUUGAGGGCAGUGGGAAAGACCGGUGACAGUCUUGAUAUUUAUUUAGCAAUGGGAGUGCUUCUGGUACAGUGUACAGUAAACUUAUGUUUAAAAGAAUCCUUGACCUUGAAGAUGGUGAGUAGCCAGCCAAAGUACGAUCUAAUACGGGAGGUUGGUCGUGGUAGUUACGGUGUGGUGUAUGAAGCAGUCGUCAGGAAGACCUCUGCGCGGGUUGCAGUGAAAAAAAUUCGGUGUCAUGCUCCAGAGAAUGUGGAACUAGCUCUACGUGAGUUCUGGGCACUGAGCAGUAUCAAGAGCCAGCAUCCAAAUGUUAUCCAUCUGGAGGAGUGCAUCUUACAGAAAGAUGGUAUGGUGCAGAAGAUGUCACAUGGUUCCAGUUCUUCCCUUUAUGUACAGCUUGUAGAGACCUCAUUAAAAGGAGAAAUAGCCUUUGAUCCCAGAAGCGCCUAUUACCUUUGGUUCGUGAUGGAUUUCUGUGAUGGAGGAGAUAUGAAUGAGUACCUGCUAUCCCGAAAGCCCAGCCGCAAGACCAACACCAGUUUCAUGCUUCAACUCAGCAGUGCCCUGGCUUUCCUUCACAAAAAUCAGAUUAUCCAUCGUGAUCUCAAACCUGACAACAUUCUGAUCUCACAAAGCAGAAUGGAUGCUAGUGACUUGGAACCCACUCUGAAAGUAGCUGAUUUUGGGUUAAGUAAGGUAUGUUCAGCUUCAGGACAGAACCCUGAAGAGCCUGUCAACGUAAAUAAAUGUUUCCUUUCAACAGCAUGUGGGACUGACUUCUACAUGGCCCCUGAAGUCUGGGAAGGACAUUACACUGCAAAAGCAGACAUUUUUGCAUUGGGGAUUAUAAUUUGGGCAAUGUUAGAAAGGAUCACCUUCAUAGACACUGAGACUAAGAAAGAACUUUUGGGGAGCUAUGUGAAGCAAGGGACAGAGAUUGUGCCAGUUGGGGAGGCGCUUCUAGAAAACCCCAAAAUGGAACUUCUCAUCCCUGUAAAGAAAAAAUCUAUGAAUGCCCGUAUGAAGCAGCUGAUUAAGGAAAUGCUGGCUGCCAACCCACAAGACCGUCCUGAUGCUUUUGAACUAGAACUCAGAUUAGUCAAAAUUGCCUUUAAAGACAGCAACUGGGACACGUGACCUCGAAUACUCAAACCUCUCAACAGAGCUGCUUCUGUUUUUUAACAAUGGUGCAGCCUUUUGUGGCAGCAAAAAAACAAAACAAGCCUGAACUGAGAACUUCAGGGUUUAGUUUUUACCAACUGAAUUUCUUUUGAUUUGCAUAAAUUAAAGUAAACUUGAGUUGGCCAUUUUGUUAUAAAUACAUUUAUAUGUAUAUUACCAAGAUGUUAUACUCAAGUGUGGAGGUAAAGAUCGUUUAUAUAAGUUGGCCAAGAAAAUUCAUGAGUUGAGAUGUUCUUGCUUUCCAGAAAUAUGUUAUGGAGUAUUGCAGACAUUCCAGUUUCCUAUCACAGUAUUAGGAACUCCCAUGGAAGAGGAGGUUUGCAUGCUGGUAAUGCAAAUCCUUGUGCUUUGUAAAGUAAAUCUGUGUGUAUAUAUUUAUGUAUAUGUGAGUGACUGAGCAUGUGAGUUUGCAUUCCAUACAGAGAAAAUGCCACUUUUUGUUUUAAAUUAUUUGGUGUGAAUCUGGAUGAUUGGGAUCUGUGAGGAAAACAAACGAAAAGCAUACUUCCCUCCCCGCUCCCAAAUUAAUUGUUUUUUACAUUUUUUAUUUUUAUAGCUUGUUAACAAAAAAAAGGGCCUAAAACUUGACUUUGUAGACAAAAAUGCAAUGCAAAGGAAUCAGAAGAUUUAAAGGUGCUGAGAUGUUUCUUAGCUGAGCACUUACCACCUAGUAAGUUUGUAGCUGAGGGAGUCAAAUUACAGAUUUAUGCAAUCAUGUGCUAGCUUGUUUGUUAGAUCAUUAAUUAUUCAAUUUUAUUUUGAUAACCAAAUACUCUAACACCUGAGGCUACAGCUUCCUAACUUGCCUGCACUUGUUCAUCUAUAAUCCAGUAGCAACUACAGCACUUUUGGGAUGGUUAUUUUAUGAACUUGGUUUAUGAAAAUGUAGAUACUUAAUAGAGGAAUGCAGCAGAUAAAAUAGUACUCAGACUCUUCCCCCUCCCAAAAGAGAGACUGAAACACAAUUUUUCUUUGUCCUUUUGUUUGUUACCCAGAUCUGUUAGUCACUUGCUCUUCCUUUCUUCUUGGCAUUGAUGCAAUUAUGUCACUUAACGUAAUUGUGCUAUGGGGAUGAUUUAAUUAAAUGGUGAGCAUCUCUAUUUUCAAAUGUUGGAGAGAAGUCCCAAAAUUCAAUGUGCGAAUGAAAUAUCGCAGCUUCAGUUGAACCUUUUAUGUGGAAAACUUUAACCAAUCCUUGCAUUGUUUUGCUACAUAUUAAGCGGUAGUGUUUUAUUCCUUUCGAUUUUAUUUUUAAUCCUGGAUGGUAAAUCUAAAAGUUUUGAAAUAGUACAAAGCUUUUAACCCAUCUCCACAAAAACUGAUCCAUAUGUUAAUGGAGAACUUUCAUGAAGCGUGCAUAUUUGGGUAGACUAAAACAGCUUUGCAAUAGUGUCAUGAACGCUCACUAGCUCAGGUGCAUGAUCUUACCUGCUUACCCUUUAAACUGAUCAUAAUUGGGGGAGGAGACCUGAGACUAAAUUUACUCACCCAAAUGUCACGUCUAAUGGUGAGUAAAAUCCUAAAGUUGCAGUGGGCUUUUAAACAACUUUUUUACAAAACCAAGUUCAUGAAAUUUUGGAAACUUUCAAAUGAAAAACACUUCUUGUUUGGGUUUAAACAGUCCCCUGAAGUGCUUGCAAUCUAAAUAUUGCACCCUAGUGCUGCUGUGUGAACAUCAGAAAGUGAAACUGACCAGUCAGUGUUUACUGUCCCCAUGAAUGAAGUGAAAUGAACACUUACCACAAAUGAAAAGUACAGUUUGUCCCUCCAAAACAAAAAGGGAAGGGACCAUGAAGCAGGGUUAUUGGUACUUUACUAAACUUCUAAGAGUGAAUUGUAUUGUGUCCUUGCACAGUGUAGGGUGGUGCAGCAGGUUAGCAGGGAGCAAGGAACCCUGAAUUUUAUUUUUGACUCACUUUGUCACCAUAGGCAAGUUAUUUAACUUCUGUGUGUCUCAAGUGAGUGUACUUCCAUGUUUCAAAGGUGUAUUGUAUGGCUUAUUGGUUCUAAAGCAUUUGGAAAUCUGAAGAUGCUAUAGAAAUGCAAGGUUGCAAUAGAUUUCAGGAAAAGAUAUACUGUCAUGUUGAGAUGUUGAUAGAACACAUUGGGCCAGAACCUUAGCUGGUAUAAAUUGGCAUAGAUUGCAAUUGGCAUAGAUUGCUUUGCUGAUUUAUACCAACUGAAAAUUGGCCCCAGUCAUCUUGAGCAGGCUUAUAGUGAUGUCACUGUCUUUCUUGCAUGUGACUUUGUCCAUAAAGGUAAGGUUGGGAGUUAAACUUUGUAAUUAAUAAAUGGAACUUAUUGGAAGUCAUUUGUUAAUGUUUUGUAAGUUGAAUCGGUACACCAAAAGCCCCAGCUUGCCUUUAAAGACAAGGUCACAGUGCAAGGAGGAAGGCAAAACUGACACUGUAUGCCGUGUUACUGUACAAUGUACUGGUAACAUUUCGACAUUGAAAAGUUGAUGCUUUUUUGAGUGUUAUGUAAGAUAAAAGAUCAUGCCCUGCUAGAACUACAAACUUGAAGAUUUUAAAAAUAUCAAAGCAGGGAUACUAGUCUGUUCACUAAUGUACCCUAAAAUGUUAGUCUGUCUUGGAAUAAUAUUUAGCACUUACCUUCUUUGUGAAUCAGUUAAUCUCCUCUGAAGAGUUUCAAAGGAUAACCGUGAACCUGCUUCUUAACUUCAGCUGAGAAAUUAAUUAAAAGUGAUAGUUAAUGGAUCAUAAAGUAGAACUGUUGAUUUCCCAAAGUGUUUCUUUGCACUAAUUGCCACUUUAAAGGCUGAGGGUACCUAUAAGACCCUCGCAUGGUGCUUAGCCUAGUGGUAGUGGUGAAGCUGAGUGUUUCAUUGGUGAACACUGAAUGAUAGUCCUUGAGGUCUGUGGUUUUUUGUGUGAUUGUUUUUUUUUAUUAUUAUUAUUUUUGGAUCUUUGUAAAACCUUUGAUAAAUCAAACUAUUGUAGCAGCUACAAAGUAAUUCACCAGCAUGACACAAAGGUCAAGAUAUUCAUCAGCACUUCAGAAAGAAAAGACUUUCUAAUCUUUCUUUAAAAUUGUAAAAUAUAUUUUAUGAAGAAUUUAUAAAGGGAGAAAAUUAUUGUGUAAUUUAUUAAGUUCAUGACUGUUUUGAAAUAAAAUCUGAAUUUAAAUGAAACCUUUGGAGACUGU